AUGCCCACAAAGAAGAAAAAAACUACACGGAGGACGGACGAGAAAGAAACCAAAGAUGUGGAUGACGAGGACUCUGAGGAUCAAGAAACCAAACCAAAGAAGAAAAGUGAGUCAAGCAAGUUGAAGAAGAGUAAGAAGAGCAGAGGCAGCGAUGAGGAGCGUGACAACUCGGACACUUCAGGAUCUGACGUGAAGAGGAGCAAGAAAAAGACCAAAGACAAGGAAAAAGCCAAGAAAAAGAAAACCAAAGAGGUGAGCGAGGAUGAGCUGAGUGUCACAUCUCAAAACUCCGACCAAGACAACAACAAUGUGUCCAAAAAAGCUAAAGAGAAACUGCCAGAUGUGAUAGAGACCACCAAGAGGAGCGCAAAAAAGUCCUCUUCAAAGGAGAAAAUGGCAAAAAAAUCUAAAAAGGACUCAGAGGUGGAAGAGGAGGGUGGGGAUGAAGAUGAAGGGAAGAAGAAAAAGAAGGACAAGAAAAAGAAAGGAUCGGACAGUGAUGAAGACACAAAAAAGAAAGGAAAAAAGAAGAAAGUGGAAAAUUACGUGGAGAUUUAUGAAAACGAGUUGAGGAACUAUCAGCCGGAGAAAGUGGAGAACUAUGAGGAUGAAUAUCACAAGAAGAAAGGAGAGAGACGACUUGACAAUGAGAAGAACAACUUUGAACAAGCCACAGAGGACAAGUUCACUAUAGAAGCGCCAAAUCUGGGAAAAAUCCGAAAGAUCACAAUUGGACACAACAAUAAAGGCUCCUCUGCUGGAUGGUUUGUUGACAAGGUGGUGGUGGACGAUCUGGGAAACAAAAUGAUGUAUGAUUUUCCCAUUAAUCGCUGGUUUUCCAUUGAUGAGGAUGAUGGGAAGAUUCAGAGAGAUGUUUUGGUUGGAGGCAGCCAACCUACAGCGCAGAUGGAGCCCAGUGGUCUGCUGAAUUCGUGA